AGGCGGCGCCACCGCCGACUGUUUACAAGAUGAUCGGUCACGGCUGAUGAAGUGCUUCGCAAGCUUUACUUCUUUACCUCCUUUGCCGAUGUUUUGCCAAGUGAAUCCAAUAUGCCUGCAUUAAUCGAACGUCCUAAAAUGAGCCUUCAGAUGUGGGCAGCCCUUAAGGCCCACAUUAUGCGAGAAAGGGAACGUAAGAAGCAGGAGCAAGAAGCCGACGAAGCCAUCGAGAGGUUGCGGCGCGAACAGGAACAGAAGCGCAAGCAGGACCAAAUGACAUUGGAAGAGAUAAAAGAUCAGGUAGUUCAGUCCGAAAAGAAGCUUAAAGAACUGAAAGAUGAAAAACACCAGCUGUUUAUGCAAUUGAAAAAAGUCCUGCAUGAAGACGAAACACGACGGCGAGCGUUGAUCAAGGAAGCGAAUGAAAUGGCAGCCGCUAGUCAAGCUUAUGCAUCCCAUCAAGGCAUUGCAGUGACGCAGCCACAGUCGCUUUACAUUCAAAAUGUCGGUCGGACGCCAGUACUGUACAAGAUGACACCGCAGACCAACAACUCGCUCCACUCGGUGUCGCUGAAACGGCCUCUGACACCGUCACCGCCUCCUCCUCAUGCAACUUCCGCGUACCAACCUCAGUACACUUACAAAGCGCAAGUUACUGCAUUUGGCCCCAAAUUGAUACCGUACCCGUCUUCUGUCGCGCAGCAAGCAACGCCCGUUUACUACACAACCCAUCACAUCGUAUCCGGAGCGUCGUCUGCGAUGACGGACGCGGCCAUUUACAGUUACGGAGCGCAGUAUGCGGCUCCUGCCGUAUCACCUAGAAAGCAUCUAGCUGUUCCUUCCACAGCGUACGGUCACGUCACUCAAGGCUUCACGCGAGCCAUCCCGCAGCAGCUUGAACACGGCAACCCGAAACCAUCGGCCUACCCAUCUGACGAAAAAUUUUACGUCCAAGCGGGUGUCAUGCAGCGUGCCCCGGUGGGUGGGUCGCUGACAACCGGCCAGCCAGUGGUGGCGGUUCAGCGACAGCUUGGAGGGACGUUCGGGGCCCAGCAAGCACUUCAGCAGCGUCACCCGUAUCCUAGUCAGCAAGGGACACGUUUUUACUGAAGAAGUGUUGAAAUGUAAGGAGACGUGUCGCAGCCAAACAAAGAAGUAUUAAAGUGAAUGUUUUACUUUACCAAGACAAAAGCCUAGAAGGCUAGCGAAGGAAUGCACCACAUGCACUCGAUGGUGCAUAGCAAUAUUUAUCGAAUGCAUGUUCACAAAAAGAAUACUAAAAUUAUAACUGCAAACAUAUAUUAAUGUUACACGAUAUAUUUGUGAAAUUAUUUACUUCGUUAUGGCUAGGUAAACCCGCAGUUCAGUUGAAGAAUUGAUCUGAGGCAAUGUGAAGAAGGAAAAGCCUUAUGUCAGCUACGUUUCCAAUCCCAGCAAGUUUAGACUUUUUUAUUCAAUAUGUAAUAGAGCGGUGCUUCCAGAGCAGUGGUUGAUACUGUUCUGAAUACUAGCAAUACUACAGCUUAUUGCUACGUAAGGGAUGUUGUUGUUGUCCCCAAUGUCAGCCUGUUAUUUUUGCUUUGCACACCUGCUGCUUUUUCUUAUUGCUUUUGUUCCUGGCUGAGCAACACCACUGCGGAUUUCUGCAUCACACGUACCAAGCUUUCCACGGGAGAAUAUGCCAUUCCAAGAGACUCUGUUAACUAGGGCUCUGUUUUAAGCAGCAGCAUAGGCUACCAUACACUGUUGCUCUUUUUGCAUAGUCACUUCUGUUACGAUGACGAGUAAUUCCACUAUUGUGUGUUACACAUUUGUUUCAAAUGACUAGUCUAUGGGGACAGUGGCAUUAUUGCAAUCACAUAGUCACAUUUUGCCAUAUAUGUGCACUGUGCUCUCGAAGAAGGCACAGUUCUCAAAAGUCAACAUGAUGUUUGCGCAUGUCUUACAGUUAAAUAGUUAUAAGGAGAAUGGCACCUCCCUUGAUCUCACAGUGGUAAUGAAGGUAAAGAGAGGCUUGUGCAGACAAUGUUACCGUUCAAUGCUGCUUUCUCCUCAUAAGGUCCCUUUCGACGAAAAUCUUUCACCCACCAUAGGGGAAGGCUUUCACCUACUAUACAAUAAUAACCCUAUGCAUAAUUCUGCACAGUUGAUCUUUUGGAGAACAUCAAACUGUUGCGCACUUUUCAUAUGUGUGGAGCAAAUGGAUGUCGACUUUGUCUGAGAGAAUGUUUUUGCCAAAAUUAAUUUUGCGACUGUAUUUAUUCAAAAGUAAUAAAGUUUUUCCCCAUUUAACAUCCA